AUUGUCAAUCACCACAAGCGUUUCAUUUCUGCACAUGACUACAUCAUCCCCGCGAGUAUACCUGGGAUUCGAAAAGGCAGCGCUUCGCGUCGCUUGCCAUCGGCUGCCUCUGCAAAUAGGAAACCUUCCCCGUCGGAGUUGACUUGUCUUUGGUUGGUACGGUAUUGUACUACCGUUCUUCCAGUUGAUUGUUGUUAAGUCUUUACCGUCAUCGAGCCCCGGGGGAGCCAUCUGAUCUAUUUUAUUACCAAAGCUUCCCUCCCCUUGCAGCUCCCUUCGAUUCCAAUCACUUGCAGAUUAAUAAAAGGAGACAGUCCAUCUGGGUUUGCCGCCGCCGUAAUUACAAUUGAGUGUCGGGAAACACGUCACUGAGUCAUUCGCCUUCAUUCAUAUAUCUAGCUCCAUUCUAUCCCACGGUUCCUCGUUAUCCCCAAACAACACACCUCUAUCCGUAUCUUAGAGUGCUUUCUGAAGAUAUCAUGAUUGCUGCCGAUAACACUUACACUAACGGGGUUGCUCUCCCGCCAGGGGACUCUCCGGAACUCAUCUUGGUUCCCGCGACGCCCGCGGAGAAGAUUGAGGCUUUGAAGUUGAACAGCAUCGCUUGGAAAGGCCGGCUGGACACCGAGACGUACAUCGCGCGCGAAAAUCAUCUCCAUUCGCAGCAGUUGGUCAAGGAUGACCUCACCAGCUGGAUCCUGGUUGAUCGCAGUGAACCUGAAGGAGAGAGAACCAUCCUAAGCUCUUGUGAGACAUACAAAAAGAAAGCCUGGCUGGCGCACAACGGCCGCGUGGAAGAUGUCUCCACCCACGGCAUUGGAAGUGUAUACUGCCGCCCUCAGUUCAGAGGCAAGGGUUAUGCGAAGAGGAUGAUGGAGGAACUCAGCAAGAAGGUUGACACCUGGAAUAUGGAGUCUGAGAGCAGAAAGAAGGCCCUCUUCAGCAUUCUUUACUCCGAUAUUGGAAAGAACUUCUAUGCUCAAUUCGGCUGGAAACCAUUCUUGUCGUCUCAUUUCGCGCUUCCACCUGUCGCAGAGGAGCAUAAUGUCUCAAACGGGGUUGAAGCCACCAUGCCUCAGGUCAAGACGUUGACAGCAGAAGAUGUCCGAACCCGCGUGUGCAACAAGCAGAUUCUGGCAAAAGAGCGGGAAUCCCUUCGUUUAGCAUCUAUGAAGACACCCACACCCAAGAUCGCAAUUGCACCGGAUUACAAUCAUCUCAGAUGGCAUUGGGCGAGAGAGGAGUUUUUCGUCAAGUCCCUCUUUCCCGGUAGAGAAGCUCCCACGGCGAAAGGUGCUGGCGACGACGCGGCGGGAGUGCAUUGUGCAUGGAACAGGAACUUUGGAUCCGUGCCGGAAGAGAACACUCUGUACAUCCUGCGGUGGGUGUAUGAGGAACCAACGUCUCCGGAAGAGACCAAACAGACCAUCCAGGCCAUGGCCGCUAUUUUGAGGCGCGCUCAACGUGAGGCACAUGAAUGGGAUAUGAGCACGGUUGAAUUCUGGAAUCCAACUCCCUUAUUGCAGCAGGCAGUCGCCAUGGUAGACCCCAAUGUCGAGCUGGUUCACCGUCAAAAGGAUAGCAUUGCGUCAUUGAGAUGGAACGGUGCCGAGUCUGGGUUUGGCGAGACGGUGGAAUGGUGCCUGAACGAGAAGUACGCAUGGUGCUGAUUUGUUUCUGAUUUUGCAUUUGCGAGCCGUUGCAUUUGGUGUCUGAGGAUGCAUACUCUGGAAGAAUAUACUAGAGCGUCACCGCUUCUGUCGCUUCUGGUUCUUGAAGAGCUCGUGCCAGUUUCUAGACUUCUUGGCUGCCGUCGACGCACUAGCCUCUGUGGAGAGAUUCUUCUUGGUUCGCUGUCGCUCGAAUUCGGUCACGAAGCAGAUGGUGGUUGGGCCGGGCAGUUUAUAAACGGAGUCC